ACAUCACAACAAAACUCAGAAAAUUCUCGAAAACAUUAUCAGUUCAAAGGAGAAAUUGGUUCUUGAUCUUGAGAAAAAAGUUCAGCAGCGAGACGACAAAGUUCGCAGUCUUGUGAAGAAACUUGACCAAGACUUUCCAGGAAAAAUGCAUUGCAGUGAAAACAAAACUGAUACAACGGUGAAAAAUGAGAUCAGAGACCUGAAGAAACAACUUAAUCAUACAUUAUCAAAACUACAUGAUACACAAGCUGAACUUGAUGACACAAAGACAAGACUGAGUAAGGCCAUGGGGAACCGUUUGACAGAUAACAAUCCCAACAUUACUGAUCUAAGCGACAGGAAUCGUCCAACAAAACUUGCUGAAAAAUGUGCAGAAUUGUAUGAUAAUCAAUGGACAGAUGCAUUUGAAAUUCUGGAAAAGUAUUUUUCAACUGAUGAGGCCGUGAUUGAAUCUCUUUUGCAUAUUUUACAGGCAACCAUGAACUUUUGUCAGAAAACGGCCCAAAACCAACUUGAAGAACUUGAAAAGACAUUGCAAUUGGCAGACAAUAAAGAAAAUAAUGAUGUAUCAAACAGUGUGAAAAAGCAGUUAAAGGACACAAGAAAAGCCUCGGCGUUGUCAGCACUUGACAACCUACGCAAUAUGUUUACUUCAUACCUUAGACAAUCGGCAGAUCAAACAGUAACAAAAGCUCUUGAAAUUGAGGAAUUCACUUUUGAAUGCCUUGAAUUAUGCUGGUUUAUGAUGGUAAAUGAUCCUCCUGUUGCAUUUGCUCCCUUGCUUGCAAAGGGUACACACUUCAACUCAGAUUUAUACAAACCGUAUACAAGCAGUGGGACACACGUCGAAUAUGUUGUAUGGCCUGCUUUGCUAUUACAUGAAGGUGGUCCAAUUCUGGCAAAAGGUGUUGCUCAAGGAAUCAACAAAUCCAAGAAAAAUGCAUUCAAUUAAAAAUGCUUAUAGGAAAACAUCUAACAAUAUUUAUAAUACAUAUUAAAUAUUACCACUUGAUUAUACAUAGAGGAUAUUCAAGUUUUGUCUAUAAAUACAUGAUUUAAUUUCAUCGAGUGGUAUGAAAAUAAAUAUUUAAUGAGUGGCGGUAGCCACGAGUGAAAUAUGGUAAUUUUCAUGCCACAAUAUGAAAAUAAUUCAUGUAUUUAUAGAAAAAACUUGAAUUUUCUGUUUAUUAUAUACAUUUUUCUCUUUUUUGACAUUAAAAUUUGAAAGACUUUCCUUAAAUUUUGUAUACUGGCAGAAAUUAAAAGAAAGUAGUCCGGCAAGACACCAGUGAAAAUACGGAAAAUAUGUUUCACUGCAGUGAAAAAUAAAUUUUUACAGUGAAAAUACGGAAAAUGAAUAUACACAUUUUAUUUCAUCAAUAUUUCUCAAUAUUUCAUUUGUAAGUAUAUAAUAAAAACAUUUACAUGAAUAAUGGUAAAUACAUGCAAGCAUGUACAUGACAGACCUUGUGUUUCUCUAAAUGUCUUUAUUGGUUGUUCUUUUUUUCUUGUGACAAAUCUUGAAUGCCUAGUAUGCCUUUCAUAGUAGUGAAAUAUCAUUUAAACGGUAUAUGAAUAAGUUAUCGCUAAAUGUUUUAAUUCAAAUUCAAAAUUCUUAUUAGUAAGUUUAAGCAUGUUACACUAAAUUUUGUCAAUCACUGUUGACAAGCUGUGUUAAAGAAACAUGUAAAAUUACAUUUUUUGAUGUAUAUGUAUUCAUAAAUGUAUUAAGCAGACAAUAUCAUUGAACGAAUAAAAUCGUUUUUGCAAUGCAAAAUCGCACAAAAAUCUCAAAAGAGGUCAAUUUGUAUCAAAUUUCUCUGUGUUUGCCUUCUUUGUUAUUUAUUGAAUGUCUUUACAUACAUGUAUAUCAAUUUUGACUAUAACUUUUCCACAUUGAACACACUGAGGUUCUAAAGUUUUCCUUUUUUUCAUGUUACAUUUUUCAUUUUUUUUUGUAUGUCAUUGUAUAAAACUUUGAUAGUUAUGCUUAUUUUCAUAUUCUUGAAUUAAAGUCAUUAACACAGUUUUUUAAAAAUGUCAUGUGACAUGUAUUCGAAUGUUUAGAUUUGCAUUAUUUUCUAUUUUAAUUUAAGUAUCUUAUAAGGUGAUAUCAUUAGGAUGCAUUUCAGUCAGCAAAUAUUAUAACUUAUGCAUUUUAGCUGUAUAGUUCAUGCAACUACGCCUGUUUAUAAACCAAUUUAA